AUGCAACUGACCAUUUGUUUUUUCUUAUUACUCGGGCUUUUACUCACCGAAGCACGUGUGUUCGAUGAUCAAGCUCGUUUCAAACGGCAGAGUAUUCUAGCAACGGAAGAGGGAAUUGAAGCUCCCAUCACUUUAAGAUCACUCAUCACAUGUUUGACACCAGGAAUACGGGAACAUAUCUGUCUCGGUCCAAGAGUUGAAGUUCUGAAGCGAGAGCGUAUAGGCAUGAGUGAGCGUACAGGCGCUGCCUAUGGAUAUAAGAAUGGAGUUGAUAUUCGUUUGCUUAAACAACUGUACGUUCCAACUAUAGAGGAUCAAACUGAGAUAAGCCAUAGCAUCGGAGCUGUAGUUGAUGCUGAUGAAGGGACGGGAGCAGUAGAGUUCGGAGAACGUGGGAAAAUUUUCAAAAUGUGGAAGCAUAGCAACGGAGGGGUGGUUGAAUGGGAUCGGCAAGGUGCUGGUGUAGACGUCGGAUUCAGAGGAUCAGCGGCUGAUGAUACAGUGAAAGUGAAAGCCACAGUGUUUGGUGUUAAUGUGGGACCAAACGCUCGGAGGCAAAUUACAGGACCCUACGUUAUGGGGCCAACUAAAGGAGAACAUAUCAAACCGGAAUCUAAUGUGAUCCCAUCCAUCUACCCGGGCUAUUAUAGUGCUCAUGGAGAUUGGUAUCGAAAACAGUUUGAACGACCAGGUGAUCAAUAUCGAACACCAGCUCAACGUGCUUGUCCCUGGUGCUUCGCAGUUGACCCUACAUACCCAACCGAGAACAUCUUCAAUACUUUUGGAUGA